AUGGGGCCCAAGGCUGGUGCCACAAGGGGUGGCAGUCCCAUGAGAGGCAGCAGCGGGCCACUCAAGGUCUUGAUGGGUCCCCUUGGUGGGUGGGAGACUGAAGCAGCGCAGAUCUGGCUGCUGACCGACCGGCUCAUCCGCGAGGACUACCCGCAGGUGCAGAUCCUGCGCGCGCUCCGCCAGCGCUGCUCCGAGCAGGACGUGCGCUUCCGGGCCGUGUUCUUGGACCAGAUCGCCGUCACUGUCGUCGGCGGCCACCUAGGCCUGCAGCUAAGCCAGAAGCCCCUGACCACCUUCCCAGAUGUGGUGGUCGUCCGAUUAUCCACGCCCUCCGUCCAGUCAGAUAGUGAAAUCACCAUCCUGAGGCACCUGGAGAAGCUGGGCUGCCGCUUGAUCAACCGUCCUCAGAGCAUCUUAAACUGCAUCAACAAGUUUUGGACAUUCCAAGAGCUGGCUGGACAUGGGGUCCCCAUGCCAGACACCUUCUCCUAUGGUGGGCAUGAAGACUUUUCUAAAAUGAUCGAUGAAGCGGAGCCCCUGGGCUACCCAGUGGUGGUGAAGAGCACGCGGGGACACCGGGGAAAAGCUGUUUUUCUGGCCAGAGACAAGCAUCACCUCUCUGAUAUCUGCCACCUGGUCCGCCAUGACGUGCCCUACCUGUUCCAGAAGUAUGUGAAGGAGUCACACGGAAAGGACAUCAGGGUGGUGGUGGUGGGUGGCCAGGUGAUUGGCUCCAUGCUGCGCUGCUCCACCGAUGGCCGUAUGCAAAGCAACUGUUUUCUAGGUGGUGUGGGCGUCAAGUGCCCACUGACAGAGCAAGGCAAGCAGCUGGCUAUCCAGGUAUCCAACAUCCUGGGCAUGGAUUUCUGUGGUAUUGACCUUCUCAUUAUGGAUGACGGCUCCUUCACGGUGUGUGAGGCAAACGCCAAUGUCGGCUUCCUAGCCUUCGACCAGGCGUGCAACUUAGAUGUAGGGGCGAUCAUUGCAGACUAUGCCAUGUCCCUGCUGCCCAACAGGCAGAUGGGGAAGAUGGCCAUCCUCCCCGGCCUGUCAAGUCCCAGGGAAAAGAAUGAGUCAAAUGGCUGUGCUCCAGCUCAGGGAGUUGAGAAUGUCUAUACCAUCAAUAAUGGGUCUACCUCUAGUGAGAGUGAGCCUGAACUGGGAGAGGUCCGGGAUUCCUCAGCAAAAACGAUGGGGGUCCCACCUCCCAUGUUGCCCGAGCCUGGUUACAACAUUAACAGAAUUGCUUCGGAACGCCAGUGAAUUCCUGCUUUUUUUUUUUUUUGGCAGCAUUUAAACCAAAUCCUCCUGCUUCCCUGAGUAGUGUCCAGUGAGUAAGAUCUGGAGUAAUGAGAUUUCACUUGCACAGAAACUAGAAAAUCCCAUCUAGGCACUCAGCAUUCUUUCUAACAACGGUUUGAACAAAUAGCCCAGCUUCGUGGUUUUUAUGAAGACUCAUAUAUAUAUAUAAAAAUAGCCACUAAGAACAACAUCCCAAAUGGUCUAUCUGAGACCAAUGUCUACUGCGAGCACUUGGCUGGAAAGGUAGGCUUUAAGGUUCUGACUCUGCUGCUGCUGCUCUCCCAGCUGUUAGCAGCAGCAGGCAUGAGCUUGGCUCCCGGAAGCAGUUCUCACAUGCAGCCAGGAGAUGGAGGCAUGGGCAGGAUGCUCAGAGAAUGCGAUUAGAGGAUGUCUCUGCUCUCCCCCCCCCCCAUCACCAUCUUCCCCACCCCCGGCACCGUCUGACCACACUCCUCCAACACUCAGGAGCUCCUCCUCGCUAGCCGCCUCACUGAAGCGCUUUCCGAAGGUGAGGUGGAACAUUCUUUGAUCGGUUGGCAUGUGUCCUGCUUUGUAACAGGACGUUUCUACAGAUGGCUUUGUCACUCAGACUUCAUACCCCUGCUUCACCGAAUGCCGGCUCUAGCAGCUUCACGCACCUUUGCUGCCUUUGGCCUCAACUGGAAAAGCAUCUGGAUGAGCUCUGGCCACACAGUUUGUUUCUUGUGCACCGGACCCCAGCUCUACGGACUUCUCUUUUCAACGGAGUUUGCUCACUCAUCGUCUGGAAACCAGUGGGAUUUUGCUACAGAAAGCUACUGGACAAUGACUGUUUUCCCCCCUCCUCUGGAUGUUCUGCUCCUACCUAGACUCCGGGAACCUGCCCUUAUCUGUUUUUCCAAAUUGGGGAGACGCUGGUAUUUGUGGAGGGGUGAGCGGGGCUAUUGUAGACAUGAUACCAAAUAUUUCCCAUUUUAACUCUUCAAGCAGUAGAUGAGAUCUUUCUCUUGGGAGAAAUUGUGGAGAUGGAGUUUUAUGUUCCUGCUUAUAGGAAGUCUAACGGAAAACAAGCAGUGACCAAAUGCUCCUGAAGAGGUGCAUCCUGGAGUUACCUCACUGCAGUUACCUGGGAGGCCGUCCUUUUGAGCCUCUAUUGCAGUGUCAAGAACAUUGAGGAUUCCUCUUUGGGAUAACCUCAGAAGCCAUCAAAGGAAUGAGGCCUCCUAACUUUAUCAAUGGGCCUUGUUUAGUUUCUUUUACCCUCCUCCCACUCCUGCUCCCUGUCAAGGCAGUGCCAGGUCUCACCACCCAUUGCAUUUGCCAGAUAAAAUGCUCUUUGGCUAUUAAACAUCGUAGACCUACCCAUAAAGGACGAAGAUUUGCCCACUCUGAGGAAACGUAUAAGUUGACAGUUUCCAGAGACAGUUCUAGAAAUGCGAGUUGGGUUUACUACACUGGAAUAAACACACUUUCCUUACGGCAUCUACUUUGAAGGCAGCACCACCCGAGAGUAAGGGCAGGCACACACUCCCUGGACUUACUCUAAGUGUAAAGUGUGUGUAGUCAGAACUGUAACAUUUUUUUCCGCAACACAUUUAAAUAGAAAUUGGCCUUGAAAAUAGGGUAGUCAGAACCAGAUUUCACCAAGCAACAGUCGUACAAAUGAAAACUGUUGGUGCCAUGCCAUUGAGGUCCCACCUCACAGCUGUCAUGUCUACGCAGUCUCACCAUGGAUACAUGCCACUGAACUAAAACCCGAGUAAUGUGUCUGUGUAGUUGGAAACUGACAACACUUCACCCUUGUAGACUAAGACCCAUAUCUUCUUACCACUCAGGGCCCAGGAUGGCUUUAGAAUAAGGCUGAUUGUGUUCUCUUGCUGCUGGAAGUGGUCAGAUGUGAGCCAAGCGUUGGCCUCUUGGAAGGCACACUCAUGCAUGGCCGCUGUCUAGUGCAAGACUCCUCUUAUGGGUCUGAGUCCAUUAAGGCCCCGACAGAGCGGCUCAGACUGUUCCCAGAUUCCUUUGCCAAAGGAAGCCCAUUUCCCAGCUGGAAGAGAUGUCUGUCAUUGGCGUUACUGCCCCAACUAACCCUGCCUAAAGGCAGAGAGAGCUGACUCACCUGGAUCCUAGCCCUGCUCUGGGAUAUCCAUCCCACAGCUGGCUGUGGACAAUUAUUUGAGUCUCAGCUUGGUGGCCCAGCCAUUCUUGCCACAGCUGCCUACACUUGCUGAAAAGAACAUGGGGACGCAGAACCGGGUUCUGGUUCUGCCAACACAGCUGGCCACCUGAGCUUCUCCAUAGUUCCUCUCCCUAGACAGGGAAAAUGGCCUAUUACAUUUACCUCUUGGUGCACUCUGAGGUUGAAGUGAGUUAAUAAAGCACAACUGUGCAUUUGUGGAGGUGGGGACAGACACCUCCCACAUGUAGCUUUAUGUUUCUCAUCACUCCUCUGAGAGCUAAAAGGAAGAGGCUUAAAUUCUUGACAUUAACUCAACAGUAGUACGGACCCAGAAAAAAAAAUACAGCUUCUUAGAGGCCUUCCUUCUAGCCAGAGGUACUUCACAGCCUAAAAGGAGUAAGGCUCUUGGGAUCGCCUGAGAAUCUGGAUGUAUCCUGUCUGACCUGAAACCCUUGACUCAUGUAUACCAACACAACACCAAGUCUUCCUCUGUAACACAGAUUCAGGGUAUGUAUAUGGUCUUCCCACUGUCUGGUAGCAACAUCUUGAAACUGGUCAAAACUUGAAUGUCACUCAGAAUAUACACGAUUCUGCACUUGGGGAAAAAUGUC